CAAUUGUCAAUUGUCAUCAGCUGUCAUUGCUCUUUUUCAUGGCUGACGUUCUAGGGAGCUAACUGCAGUCAUGAAGUUGAACGUCUCGUACCCGGCAACGGGAUGCCAGAAGCUAUUCGAAGUUGUGGACGAGCAUAAGCUCCGUAUCUUCUAUGAGAAGCGCAUGGGCGCUGAGGUGGAGGCCGACCAGCUAGGUGACGAAUGGAAAGGUUACAUCCUCCGUGUUGCCGGCGGUAACGACAAGCAGGGCUUCCCCAUGAAACAGGGUGUCCUGACUAACAGUCGUGUUCGUUUAUUAAUGUCCAAGGGACACUCGUGCUACAGACCACGUCGUGAUGGUGAGAGGAAACGCAAGUCUGUUCGUGGCUGCAUUGUAGAUGCUAACCUUUCAGUGCUCGCCCUGGUCAUUGUACGCAAGGGAGCUCAGGAAAUUCCCGGACUCACCGACGGCAAUGUGCCCCGCCGUCUAGGACCCAAGCGUGCGUCCAAGAUCCGCAAAUUGUUCAACCUGAGCAAACAGGACGACGUGCGCCGUUACGUUGUCAAACGUGUCCUCCCAGCUAAGGAGGGCAAGGAGAACUCUAAACCCAGACAUAAGGCACCUAAAAUCCAAAGGCUAGUAACACCUGUGGUGCUGCAACGCAGACGCCACCGACUGGCCCUCAAGAAGAAGCGCUUGGCUAAACGCAAGGCGUCUGAGGCCGACUACGCCAAGCUGCUCGCACAGAGGAAGAAGGAAUCUAAGGCGAAACGCGCAGAAGAGAUCAAACGCAGGCGUUCAGCUUCCAUGCGGGAUUCCAAGAGCUCAAACACGAGUGCACCCCAGAAGUGAAAGACUUUAACCAAUAAAAAAAGUUAAAAACCGU